AUGAAAAACAGAUUAUCUACUGGUGACAUGAUGAGAGCUUGGGGGAUUCAGCAGGGAUGUGUUCUUUGUGGUGAGAGGGAUGAGACUAGAGACCAUAUCUUCUUUGCAUGUCCCUACUCAUUUACGGUAUGGGAUACUCUUGCGAACAGACUUACAGGUAGCAGAACUGAUCCAGAUUGGAUGCAUACUUUGCAGUUUGUGAGCAAGAACAACCUUCAGCUGCUAGACAAGAUCCUCGUAACAAUGGUCUUUCAGACCUGCAUCUAUCAUGUGUGGAAGGAGAGAAAUGAGAGGAGACAUCAGGCUGGAUAUCGUACAGUGCAGCAAGUGGUUCGAAUCGUCAAUAAGGCAGUGAGGAAUAGAAUCACAUCCCUUCGGUAUAAGUCUGAGCAUAAGUUGGCUGGACUGAUGCAGAGAUGGUUUGCGAUCACAGGGUAA